CGCAUGACCAACCAUCAACCGGCACCGGCAACUCUGCAUUGAAACCGGUGAAGUGUGAGGUGCCGCUGCGAGCUCCCCGUACUACAUUGAUUUUGCUGCACUAUUUGUGUGUAUUAGUGUAAAACAUGUACCGUCUGCCAAAAACCCUGCGCUGUGCGAGCCGCUUAGCGGGCACCAGGCUCUAUGCCAAGGACAUCAGAUUUGGGCCAGAUGUCCGUGCCCUUAUGCUUCAGGGAGUGGACGUGCUCGCUGAUGCUGUAGCUGUCACCAUGGGUCCUAAGGGUCGCAAUGUAAUCCUGGAGCAAUCGUGGGGCUCACCCAAGAUUACCAAAGACGGCGUCACUGUUGCCAAGGGCAUCGAGCUCAAGGACAAAUUCCAGAAUGUUGGGGCCAAGCUGGUUCAGGACGUAGCAAAUAACACCAACGAGGAAGCUGGUGACGGCACCACAACCGCAACUGUCUUGGCACGGGCCAUCGCCCGAGAAGGUUUUGAGAAGAUAAGCAAAGGUGCAAAUCCAAUAGAGAUACGAAAGGGCGUCAUGACUGCAGUGGACAAGGUUGUGGAGAAUCUCAAGAAGCUUUCCAAGCCAGUGACUACACCUGAGGAGAUUGCGCAGGUGGCCACGAUUUCUGCUAACGGGGACAGACAGGUUGGGGACCUAAUCUCGGACGCCAUGAAACGCGUUGGUAGGGAUGGUGUCAUCACAGUCAAGGAUGGGAAGACAUUGAACGAUGAAUUGGAGGUGAUCGAAGGGAUGAAGUUCGACAGGGGUUACAUUUCUCCAUACUUCAUUAACACCAGCAAGGGGGCAAAGGUUGAGUACCAGGACGCGCUGGUACUGUUCAGCGAAAAGAAAAUAUCCAAUGUACAGAGCAUAAUUCCAGCACUGGAGCUGGCCAAUACCCAGCGCCGGCCCCUGGUCAUCGUGGCUGAGGACGUUGAUGGAGAGGCACUUAGCACCAUGGUACUCAACAGGCUAAAGGUUGGUCUCCAGGUAGUGGCUGUGAAAGCGCCAGGUUUUGGUGACAACCGUAAGGCUACCCUUCAUGAUAUGGCUGUUGCGACGGGUGGCGUGGUCUUUGGGGAUGAGGCCAACCUGGUCAAGUUGGAAGAUGUCCAACAGCAGGACCUCGGCCAAGUUGGAGAGGUGACCAUCACCAAGGAUGACACGCUGCUUCUCAAGGGCAAGGGUCGCAAGGAAGAUAUGGAUCGCAGGAUAGCCCAGAUCAAGGACGAGAUUGAGCUGACCAACUCUGAGUAUGAGAAGGAGAAGCUGGGAGAGAGGUUAGCGAGGUUGGCCAGUGGAGUGGCUGUCCUCAAGGUGGGUGGAUCCAGCGAGGUGGAAGUGAACGAGAAAAAGGACAGGGUAAACGACGCCCUCAAUGCCACACGGGCUGCAGUCGAAGAAGGCAUUGUGCCUGGUGGUGGAACUGCACUCUUGCGUUGCCUUCCUUCCCUCGAAGAACUCAAGGCUGACAAUGAAGAUCAAAACACGGGCAUUGGUAUUGUGAAGAAGGCACUGAAGACACCCUGCAAACAAAUAGCGCUCAAUGCUGGCGUCGACGCAGCUGUUGUUGUACAGAAGGUCGUUGAAGGGAAAGGUGACUUUGGUUACGACGCCAUGCGCAAUGAGUAUGUAAACAUGCUCGAAGCCGGAAUCAUCGAUCCCACAAAGGUUGUCCGGACAGCCCUGUUGGAUGCAUCUGGUGUGGCUUCUCUCCUAACAACAGCGGAGGCCGUCGUGGUUGAACUUCCCAAGGAAGAGAAAGAUGUACCUGGAGGAAUGGGAGGCAUGGGUGGAAUGGGAGGAAUGGGUGGAAUGGGCAUGUGAAAGUACACUUGCCAUAGUCACGUUGUUGUUAAUAGUUUUGUGCAGACCAUUAUUCAUCAAAAUAUACAUACACGCACCUCUUGAAAUAAAAGUGUAGCAUUUUCAUGUUUAUACAAAAGCA